ACCCUCCACAAGACUCAGAAAGAUCUCACCAUGGUGCUGUCUGCUGCUGAUAAGGCCAACGUGAAGGCCGUCUGGGAGAAGGCCGGCGGCAAUGUGGGCAAAUAUGGCGGCGAAGCCCUGGACAGGACCUUCCUCUCCUUCCCCACCACCAAGACCUACUUCCCUCACAUGGACCUGACCCCGGGCUCCGCUGACAUCAUGGCCCAUGGCAAGAAGGUGGCGGAUGCGCUGACCCUCGCCGUCGGCCACAUGGACGACCUGCCCGGCGCCCUGUCCAAGCUGAGUGACCUGCACGCCUACAAGCUGAGGGUGGACCCCGUCAACUUCAAGCUCCUGAGCCACUGCCUGCUGGUGACUCUGGCCUGCCACCUGGGCGGCGAUUUCACCCCUGCCGCCCACGCCUCCCUGGACAAGUUCCUCAGCUCUGUGAGCACUGUGCUGACCUCCAAGUACCGUUAACCUGGAAUGGAGUCGAGUUGCCCCCAGUCUUCCUCCCUCCCUGCACGUGCCUCCAAGCCUUUGAAUAAAGUCUGAGUGGGUGGCA